UGCUAAACAAAUUAUAUAGUAUAAUAUUUCACAUUGCUGAAAUUUAAAUAAUACAUUAUAACACAUAAUAUAAUUUCGAAGAUAAUAUCUUGUGAAGAUGGAAUAUUUUUUCAGACUAAAAAAUAUUUUUGUAUUCAUGUAUUUAAUCUACUGUUUUAAUGUCUCUGCCACUGUGAAUGGAACUCAUUCAACAAUUACGAAAAGAAUAGUUGGAGGUACUGCAGCCAAAAAUGGCGAAUUUCCGUACAUAAUGGCUAUUUUCCAUUUGACAAGAUAUCAUGGUGCAUUUUCCAUGAUUACUACACAAACGGCAAUAGGCGCAGCUCAUAUGUUAAAUGGAAACGCCAUCGAAGAUCUUGAAGGAAGAAUAUGCGAUGUUAGUAAAUUUAAUGGAAAAUUAGUUUACUUCGAUAGAAAAGUCUUGCAUCCAGACUUCCAAGGAACAAAUAUUAAUGAUAUUGGACUUUUAAUUUUGAAGCAUUAG